AUGUCGAACGAUCGCAACGCACAGGAGCUCCUCAAGUGGGGUCUGUCGCACUCGACUGCCGUCACCUCCGCCGGCGGGCCCUCCGUCGAGCAGAUCUCUUUGGACAUCGAAUCAGGUCGUCGCCCCGACCUUGCCGACCCGCAUCUCUACGACGCGAUCAUGGGCAAGUCGGAAGCCCAGAUGAUGCGCGAAGAGCUCUCUGUCGCCGUCGACCCCUCUCGUACGGUCGAAGACCGCUGUACCGCACUGGACAACUUCGAGAUGCUCAUCGAGCAAAUCGACAAUGCGAACAACAUCACCAGCAUGCGCAUGUGGCAGCCCAUCAUCUCGCUGCUCUCGGCGAGCGAACCCGAGAUUCAGACGGCGGCAGCGUGGAUUUUGGGCACGGCGGUGCAGAACAACGAUAAGGCGCAAAUGGCCGUCUUGGAGUACCAACCGGUGGGCGGGCUGUUGGAUCUUCUGCAGAGCUCGGAGGAGGAGGUGAGGGCGAAAGCGAUGUACGCGCUUAGCGGACUGCUGAAGCAUAACCCAGCGGCCAUGGAUCAAUUCGACAAGUUGCACGGGUGGAAGACGCUUCGCCUGGCAUUGCUCGAUCCCAACAUCGGUCUGCGUCGCAAGACCGCGUUCCUCAUCAACGCACUCCUCUUCCAAGAUCCCAACUCGUUCGAAACCACCCCAGCGAGCACAACACGGAGCACAGCAACAGCCGUAGCACCCGUGCCCAACUCAGGAGCACCAGCAGUACCACUCGAACAGCCCCCGGCAACCCACACCUCGAUCCCCCACCCCAACGUCCCCCGCGCCCUCCUCUCCUCAGGCACCCUCCUCACCCUCCUCUCCUCCCUCCUUCCCCCACACCACCCGGGAGCAACCGAAACGGCCCCUUCCGGCCCCGACGGCGACAGCGACCCACGUACAGACCUUGACUUUGCCGAAAAAGCCACCACCGCCGUGCUCAGCUUCACCGCCAAGUUGCCCAGCGCAGGCGUGCAGGUGCUCGACGAGAGGUCCGCCGAGCUGUUCAGAGCCCUGCUGGUCGAGCUGCAGGGCAGACCGCUCGACGAGGCCGACGGCGCCAAGACCAGGUGGGAGGAGUUGGGAAUUGAUACUGCCGAUUUCGAGGCGUUCAAGGCCAAGGUUCAGGGUGUGUAG